CAAAAGAAGUCGCAGAUCAGGGACCCGACGAGGAAACGGGGCUGAAAAGAGAAAAGACGAUCAACCUCACUGUGACUCCCCAUGUACAGCCCAUAAAUUAAACGUUUUAUAUCUUAUUUCUUCCGCGAAGAAAGCUCAAGUUUUUCUAUUUUUCGAAAAGUAACGAAUCUACCUCCGUUUUAAGGAUUUUGGUUUUAUUUGUUUUUUUCAACCGUCGUUUACAUCUCCUCCUCCCUCUGCCGCAGGGCUCUUUCUUUACUUUUGCACUCAACGUUGAGCGAUGUCCAGCAUGUCCCUGCUGGCCCUCAGGUGAUCCCUGACCACACCCUAUUGAUGCACUUUAGCACCUUUCUGGAGCCUUCGACUCGCUGUGCCGCCUGCAGCUGAUGACCAAAAGAACCACCCCAACCCCCCACUGUCGCCCAGAGCCGCGCGCCUCCUCCCUGUGCUCCUUCUUCGGCCUUCAGGACGUCCCGGCAUGUUCCAGAGGUUCGCCAGCAGUCUGUUUGGAGAUGACGGGAACGAGCCGAGUCGAGGCAGCCAGCCGGGAGACGGCAAACAGGCAGAGGAGGAUGAAGAAGACUGGAUCUUAGUGAACUACCUGGCUGAAGCUUGCUCUAGUCAUUGUGGUGACGGCCUCUCUGACUCCACCAUCAUUCCUCAUGAAGAAGAAGAGGAGGAAGAGGAAGACAUGGUGAUGAUCCCUUCUCCGAUGGCCAGCCCAGCUGUCCGCUUCCCCUCCUGCACCUCCCUCGACUCCACGGCCGACGGUGGCGCAGAGGACGAGGAAGACGGGGAUGAGGAGGAGGAGGAAGGCGGGUUCCUGCGUCUGGACGCCUGCUCUCUGGAGGAGAGCUGGUUCGUGACUCCUCCCCCCUGCUUCACCGGCCAUGGCGGUCAGCCGGUUCUCCUGGAGACCAGCCCAAUGGAGAACCUGCUGAUCGAACACCCCAGUAUGUCCGUCUACGCCCACCACAGCCCACCGCGACUCGCCCGAGACCCAAUAUCACACCACACGCUCGACCGGGAAAUGGACUUGCUGUCUGGAAAUACGUCUGCAAACCAAACACCUGCAGGUGGAAAAGAGAAGGCAAGACCCACGCUUGAAGGACCUCGACAUAGACCAGAGGUGGUGCAGCGCCGCUCCAGCCUGCACUCUACCUGCUACGCUGCAGCGCUCACCACCAAACCCGGACUCCUGCAGCAACGGCCGGGUAACGUCACCCAACGCACCCAGCUGCUGUCCCGCAAGGCCCUGCGACGCCUCAACCUGCUGCGCCCCACGAAGCCCGGCACCCUCCACUUCCAUCUGCACCAGCCCACCCAGAGGCACCUCAACUUCUGAUGGAGUCCAGCAGCAUCACAAUUAGUCAGGAUGGAAAUGUCAACACCGCCCAAUUUCUCACAAACUCACACUUCUUUUUCAUUGUUAUAAUUCAGAAACAAACACCAGCAAGCAGCCAGUUACAUCAUCAGUCCCGGUAGAUCCUUUUGAAAACUUUACUGGACAGGGAAAUGGGGAAAGUAGCUGGCUUUUUUUACUCUAAAAACGUUCCCUCCUUUCAUUCUCACCCUUCUCUUUAUUUCUGAAAAGAAGAGAAAGGGAUGGAGAAAAAGCUCAUCAUGUACCCCUUUACCAUUUCUGACUACUUUAUAUCCAAUCAGAGAGAAAGAGGUGUCAAAAUGACUCCCUUUCCUUCUCACUUUUUUUUAUUUUGUUCUGUAUGGGCAACGUAAUGUGUAGAAACAAUGCUGUAGGUCACUUUAUUCAGAGGCAGGUUCACAGCGUGGCAGGAUGGUCCAGUGGUGUAAUUUCAGGGACUCACACAGUGAUGGUUUGGUUGCCUGCAAACUUACAGGUAACUUUGUCAAGGCAGCAGGAGACAUUGCAGAUCCUAAAUCACUUGAAUAUGUACAGCCCAGCAGGACUGUGCUUCAGUUUAAUCAUUGCAGUACUGUUGGGAUGAGGCUUCAGUUUGGGUGCAAAUCCUUAAAGGGGCAUUUCCACUCUUUUCAGUCACACUAUUAUUAUCAGCAACGUCCUUGGUUACUUUAGCUAUUCUUUUACAAGGAGGCAUUUAAUUUUUGAAAUGUUAAAACAAUUUGAGCUCACAUUUGAUACUUUUGUGAAGUGCAAUAAUAAAUUACUGAGUAUUUAAACAUUUACUUUAAAAUUAGCUUUUUGUUUGUAGAGAUGCAUUAAUUUGAAAUUUGUGGUCAAUUUCUGGAUUUUGUAAAAUGUCAAACUGCCAAUACCAAUUACUCUUCAAAAAUAACAAUAAUUUAUCUUAGUUAAUAUUAGGUGAUCUGUAGAGCUUUAAUUGAAUCCCUUCAGCUGACCACCUUUGUUUCGUUGCGUCAGCUUAUCACAUAUCGUCUUUGACUCAAUUCUUUUAUUUUGGUAAGCUUCAUUCAACUGAAAGUUUAGAAAACUAAAAGUAAAUUAACACUUUAGAUUUAUCUAAAUGUUUUCCAAAGUAUGUAAACAAAAUACUAGCUAUGCUAUUAGCGGAUCAGGGGAAGUGUGCCCUCCACUGAUGUUUACAUUUAAAACCGUUUUUGACAUGUUGUAAUAAUGAUUAGCAUUGUUAGCUAAAACCGUUAUAUCCGUUUGUAUUCCCUGAAGAACGUAACUCAGAGAUUUCAAUCAUUUUCAAAGCCGACAUGCAGUAAUUAUCAGUUAGCAGGUUAAAUAUGGCUUAUAUGGUAUCUUCUUCAAGAAUUGCUUCUUUUACACCCUGAAUGCACCACAUGUAUUUGUCAAUAUGCAUUGAUGCUUUUCAACAUGACUCAAGCAUGUCGCAGAAAAUCGCAUUUCUUUUUAAAUGGUUUCUUACAUCAGUAACUCACUCAGUUUUUUUACUCAGUAACAACAUCCAAUCUGAAGAGUGUUAUCAUCAGGCAGCUCACUGAUUGGAAAAUGAUUGGAUUUUUGAGUUUCUGGCCAGUUUCUUGUCAAUCUAGGGUUAGUCAAGCUAAAAAUUUGUGGAUUUUGGUCCACAGCUGAUUUCUCGGUGCAUCUUUAAGGAGGCUUUAAAGUUGGAUUUGUUGGCUUAAAAAAAAAAAAAACAUUCUACAGGACUUUUACUGAUUAUUUUCACUAAACAAACCUAAAGUAAAUCCAGACUUUAGGAUGUUACAUUACAGAUCAUCCUGUGAAACUGUAGACUGUUGUAACUGAAAAUAGAGAAACAGAACAGAGAGUUUUAACAAAAUUAUCCUCAAGCACACCCCUGAACUAUCGCCUCAUUCUUUUUUUUUCUUAGACAUGAUCAACAUUUAUACUUGAUCUCAGGAUUUCUUUGUGUUUUCCAGUGUGUUUGCAGCACAUUAGUGUGUGUUACAAACACACUCUAGUUUCAGUGUAGGUAAUUUAAUUGACUUAAAGAGCCUUUUUAGGGAAAUUUGUCUCUUAUAUUUACUGCCUUUUUGAAAUCUUUCGCACCACUGUUUUCGCUCAGUUCAGGACUUCCUGCUGUGUCAACCGAACCUGCUUCUGACUUUCAGUUCAGUGCUUUUCACCAUAUUUUUUUGGAAGAAAAAAUAAAUACAAGUAGUUAAAAUGACUGGGUUCAAUAUCACUAAAUGCCUUGUUUUAAUGGUAGCUUUGAGAGGAAUAGAAAUGUAAAAAAAAAAAAAAAGUAUGUAAAAAAUAUAUAUAUAUACUUCCAAAUUAGAAAAAAAAAAAGCAAAUUACAUAUCAGUAUGAAGUUGUACGCAUCAAUGGAUUCUUGCUUUGGUAUGUUUGGUAAUGAGUGUGCUGUUUGUUGCAUGGUUGUAAUGUUGUUAGUAUCACAAUGUUGGCAAAAAAUAGAAAAGAUAAUGGAAAAGGACUUGUUUUUCUUCUUGUUUGUUCUGAUAUAAAUCUGCAGUCCACUUCUCAGGGUCACAACCAAUCACCUUUUACACUUUAGGAAAAUGCAGAUUUACUUGAUGGAUGAUGAUUCUUUCAAUGCGCUCAGACUUUUUCCCGCCUCUGAAAUGUGUGUGAGAAAUAAUUACCUGAUAGAUUAGUAUCUCUAUAGCUUCUUUCAGUCCCAGGUUUGUGGAAACAAACCAUCACCCGCUUUUGGGAAACUAUCAAGACGCAGACAAACUGUCUUUUCAGAGCUGUUAAUAUUUGUUUUUGGCUCAAGUGUACCUGACUUGGUUUUAGAAAUGUACUUAAAGUUUGCUCAACUGUUCUAAUUUCUAUGCUAUAAUAGUUACAUUUUUUUCAGCUGAUAUUUAUACCAAAAGAAAGUAGCGGCAAUCUGUAAUCUUUCACUACUGUUUAAUACUUAUGUUCUGUUUUUGCAUUACUGAAAUGUUUGUUAAAUGCUUUUGGAUGAAAUAGCAGACAGUUUUAUGUUAUAAUGUGUCGCUGUAGGCAAAGCUGAAACCAGAAUGAGCUCCCACACUGCAGAAAGAAAGUUAUACAAAUAAAACAUGGAAGGCUGUUAUGGCCAAAAACUGUAAGUUAAUGUUGUUCUUUUUUUCUCUUAACAUGUCAGAAUCUCCAUGUUUAAAGUUUUAUAAAAAUGUAUACUGUUCUUAUUCAACUAAAUUGACAAUGUAUUUGAACUUUGCAUCUUAUAAGUUUUACACACCAUUGUUUUUUGCAUUUUCUAGAACAAUCGUGAUGCAGAUCAAUGCCUUUUAUGUAACAAUUUUAAAAAUGUACUAUGUUUGCCAUCAACUUGUUCAGAUAGAGUAUGUUUUCUUUUUUAAAGACUUUAAUCUGAACAAACCUGGAACACUUUUUGCAGUGUGGUGAAGGAUUUCUGGUUGUUUUUGAUAGGACUGUAACUAUGUUUGUUGAGUGUCUCUAAUGUUUGCUGUACAUAUUACAAUGGUGGACUUUGCCUUUAGCCUAUGUAAGCUUGUCUUUUAGAUCUAUGCUAUCUAACUCUUAACUUUUCAACCUUUGCGUUCACUUUUGGUGUUAUUUUGUGUUACUGCGAUAUUUUUGAAGAAGACAACGUUGAAAGAAAGAAGGGAUUGGAGUCAACGUUUAAGGCUCCACCUGCUGGCAGAAGCCUGAAAUGUUUUAUCUGUCUUUAAAUCUUUGAGCUCAACUCAUCUUUUAUUACCAACUAACAGGGAUUUCUAGUAUUUUUGUUCAAUGCCUUGAAAUUUGUGGAUCACGUGCCUUCCAGGUUGAAAUGUUGUAAUGACAAUGCAUCGAUGAAGAACUUGAACUCUUUUUUUUUUUGUUAAUGUUCUGAUUGGACAUGAUGGAUAAAAACACAGACAUCAGAAACAAACUAUGCAUUGCUUUGAAGAGGCUCCAGCUCUCGCUGCCACCAUCCGCCCAGCCUGAGUACAACUUUGACAGAAUGACUAUGUAGCAAAUCAUUUUUUCUCUCUCCUUUUAUUUUAAUUGUGAAAAAUAUCUUGUGGCAUUUUCAUUUUUCACCUAGUGUUAGAUUUGUUUGUUUUUAUGUAGUUUACUGGAAUAAUACAGCACUUUGCCAAAAAUAAAAAAAAAAAAUUGUAGGAAUUUUAGGAGCUAAUGUUUUAUUUAUCGAUAUAACUGUCAUCCUUCCUUGUAUUUUGGAUGUAUAACAGAUCAAUUCACUCUGUUCUGAUGUCAAAAACAAAAGAAAAAGCUGAUAAAAAGUGGGGUCAUCUGUUUUUGAACUGUAAUAGUUAAUACUUGUGAUCUCUCAGUAGCCGACAAUAAAUGUUUUCAUAAACAAA